AUGCUUGAGGGUCUCGUCGCCAACCUGCUCAACCGCUUCCUGGGCAUGUAUGUCCAGAACUUCGAUCCGAAACAAUUGAACGUCGGCAUCUGGUCUGGAGACGUCAAGCUCCGCGAUCUCGAACUUCGCCGCGAAGCCCUCGAUCAGCUCCACCUCCCACUCAACGUCGUCCAGGGCCAUCUCGGCUCGCUCACACUUUCUAUACCAUGGUCGAACCUCAGAGGCAAGCCGGUGCGGGUGAGCAUCGAAGAUGUGUUCCUGCUGGCUGCGCCGAGGGAGGAUGCGGACUACGACGCAGACGAGCAGGACCGGCGCGAUCACGCGGUGAAGAUGGAGAAGCUGGACAGCGCAGAGAUGCUCAAGGAAAGGAACACCGAUGGCAUGUCUCAGGAGGAGCAGCAAAAGAACCAGAGUUUCACUGCGAGCUUGGUCACUGCCAUCGUGGACAACGUCCAGGUGAGCGUGAAGAAUGUGCACAUUCGCUACGAGGAUUCUCUGUCCGAUCCCGGCCACCCGUUCGCGCUCGGCAUCACCCUCGACGAGCUCAGCGCCGUUAGCACCGAUGAGAACUGGAAGCCCACCUUCAUCCAGAGCGCUUCCACCUCGGCUCACAAGCUCGCCACGCUCGGCUCUUUGGCGGUAUACUGGGACACGGAUGCGAAGCUGCUAUGUUCGGGCACGGGCGCGACACAGCCAUUGGACCAUGCCGACUUUGUGGAGAAGCUCCGCAGCAUGAUCGUCAAGGGCGACAGCUCUACGAUUGCUGAGCAUCAGUUCAUCCUCAAGCCUGUCAGCGGCAGGGCAGGCCUUGAGAUGGACAAGACCGGCAAGACCGACCGACCCAAGAUCAAGGCCCGUCUUCUCUUCGACGAACUCGGAUUCGUCAUCGAUGAGGACCAGUACCGCGACGGCUUGAUGCUGGUGGACCUCUUCCACUACUUCAUCAGACACCAAGAAUACAAGAGGCUGCAACCCAAGAGCCGGCCAAAGGAAGAUCCUCGGGCGUGGCUUGAGUUUGCUGGAAAGGCAGUGCUGGACAAGAUCCACGAAAGGAACCGUAAAUGGUCCUGGGAUUACUUCCGAGAAAGGCGCGAUGACCGGAAACGGUACAUCGAGCUUUUCAAGAAGAGGAAGAGAGAAGAGCAGCUCGCGCAGGAUGAAACAAAGGAAAUCGACCAGCUGGAGCGCAAGUUAUCCUACGACGACUUGCGCUUCUGGCGUUCACUUGCCCGCAACCAGUUGCGCAAGGAGAACGUUGGCGUGAAGAAGCAGCCCCAGAAGCAGUCAUGGUCGUCAUGGAUUUGGGGAGGCGCUGAGCAGGAUUCUUCCGACGACAGUGAGAUGUCAGAGAAGCAGCGAAAGGAGCUGUAUGAUGCCAUCGAUUGGGACGAGAAGAAGCAAAUCACCGAAGCUGUUGAUAUGCCGCGGGAGUACGUGAAGAUGCAGGUGGAGAUGAGUCUUCGGACUGGUAGCUUCACGCUCAAGCGAGACCCCCAUGGCAAGGCUACGGAGAUUCUUCGUCUGCUGUUCGAUUCUUUCAGCACCAAGGUCCUACAGAGAACCGAUUCCAUGCUUGCAGAACUCAGUCUUGAUGGCAUGCGGUUGUACGACGGCACCACGGAAGGCAGUUUGUUCCCUCAGAUUGUCACCGUCAAAGAUGCUCCUCCCGUGCCAGAUGAGAAGCGCAUCACAGAACUCAACGACGACGAAACCUCAAAAGAAGAUGCCGACGAGGAGGUUGCCGAUCCUUUCUUCCAGUUAUCCUUCGAGAACAAGCCGCUGGACGGCAGCGCAGACACUGCUCUGACCGUGAAGCUGAAGGGUAUGGAAGUCAUCUAUAACCCCAGAUUCGUAGUCGAGGUGGUCAAGUUUUUCAAGCCGCCGGAGAGCCGCAUGGAGUCGAUUGGAGCGCUCAUGGAGACUGCUGGUGCCACCGUCGAGGGCCUUCGACAGCAGACUCGUGCUGGUCUGGAGUUCGCUCUUGAGGAGCACAAGACCAUCAACGCUCAGCUUGACUUGCAGGCCCCUCUCAUCAUUGUUCCCGACUCCGUUACCAAGGAAAGCAGCAUUUGUCUUAUUCUGGAUGCUGGUCAUGCCAAGGUCAGCAGUGAGCUCAUCGACAAGGACACGCUGAAGGACAUUCAAUCAAAACAAAAGGGCCAGUUCUCUGAGGACGACCUCAAGCGCCUUCAGGGUCUGAUGUACGACAAGUUCCUGUUGAAGCUCGACUCCACCCAAGUUUUGAUCGGCCCCUCGAUAGAGGAGACAAAGGCGCAACUGGUAGAGAAUGAUGGCUCGAAGAACCUCCACCUUGUUGAGCGUAUCAACGUCGACUUCACUAUCGAAACCUGUAUCGUUCCCAAAGCCUCUGAUCUGACCAAGUUCCGCAUCUCGGGUAAUCUCCCCGUUCUGCACGCUUCAAUCUCAGACGCCAAGUACAAGAACCUCAUGAAGCUGAUCGAGGUUGCUAUACCAAAAUUCGAGGACCCACCUGCGCCUGAUAAGCAAGUGGCGCAAGGCGCCACUGGACCUUCGAACCUAAAGCCCACCGACAAUGCCAAUAAUGACCAGCUCACGAGGACGAGAUCUAAAUCAUUCCAGUUCGCUGCGCAACAACGCGAGCUUGUCGUGUCAGACGCGGGUAGCGAGUUUGACGAUGCCGAGUUCGAGGAUGCAACUGACGGCCACAAAUCCGAUGUGCCUGUUCAUCAGCGGAAUUUUGAAUUCAAGUUCACUGUGGACAAGUUGCAAGGAUCCUUGUACCAAUCCGACCCGGAAGGCAAGAAGCCAGAUCAGCUUUUGGUCGAACUCGUUGCAGAGCAUUUCUACCUCGAGUUCUUCCAAAGGCCGUUCGACAUAGCGGCUGAGGUCCGCCUGAAGAGCAUGGCGGUCGUGGACCAUGUUGAUCCAAACCCGCUACCAGAAUUCAGGAAUCUGAUCUCGUCGGAUGACGCUGGAGAUAGGGAUCUCUUCCAACUCAAGUUCGUCAAGGUCAACAAGGAUUCGCCCGAGUUCAUGCCCAAGUACGAAGGCAUUGCGACAAAUCUGGACGUCCAUGUCUCCACCAUCAACUUGAUAGUAACGCGGGCGACGCUAUUGACGUUGUUGGAUUUCGUGCUGAACACCUUCACCAGCCCUGGACCAUCUGAAGAUAAAGAUAAGAAGAAGAUUGAGGACAGUCCUGAGGAUGACGAAGAAGUCGCAGUCGCAGCUGUGAAUCCCGACCCGGACAAGAUUCGCAUUAGAGCCAACCUCAAGGGAAUAUCGGUCAUUCUAAACAACGAUGGCAUGCGCCUUGCAACCUUGAACUUGAGCACUGCAGAUGUCGGUGUCUUCAUUAUGGGCAAGGCUAUGCGCGUCGGUGGCAAGUUGGGUAGUCUCUCUUUGACUGACGACGUCAAUCAAGGCGUCUCCAAGGAAUCUUCCUUGCGUCAGCUUGUCACCAUUGAAGGUGACGAGUUACUGGACUUUGCCUACGAGACCUUUGAUGCGGACUCGAAGGCGUACCCUGGCUAUGAUACUUCCAUCUACUUGCGCUCGGGCUCCAUCAAGGUCAACUUUGUCACGGAGCCGUUCCGGAAGAUUAUGGAGUUCGGAGUCAAGUUCGGCAAGAUGCAGGCCAUCUUCAAUGCUGCUCGUCAAGCCGCUGCAGAGCAGGCUAGUCAGGUGCAAGAGCGUGCCAACAAGAUGCACUUCGACAUCCUAAUCCGUACGCCAAUCGUCGUCUUCCCCCGCAUGGUCGCCCCCGAAGGCCAGGCUGAGCGUGACAGGCUUACGGCACACCUGGGAGAAAUCUACGCGAACAACAAGUUUGUGCCUCUUGACGACUCUAAGAACGCAGACACCGCCAACAAACUGUCUGCCGGUCUCCGGAACAUUCGCCUGACCUCAGUCUUCCACUACGAAGAAGAGAAGUCGGAGGAGCUGGAGUUAAUCGACAAGGUUGACCUGGGUUUCGACAUCACCUAUGUGGAGCACAAGCCUGAAUACAAACGCCCAGACCUCGAGAUCGAAGGCUCCAUGUCUAACAUCAACCUCAAACUGACACAGGAGCAAAUGAGGUUCAUGCUCGAGCUUUCCAGGUCCAUUCCAGCUGCUUUUGCCACAGACCCUGAAGCAGCUAUGAAUGAGGAUGUUGAGAGACAGGUGCCCGACUCGACGCUCAAACGCGCCAACACCAUGAAGAGCAUCGAGCAGGAGCCAUCUAAUGACAAGCAGAUUGCCACCAGCCAGGGCCCAGAACUGGGCUCUCAGGAGGAGGCUUGGACGAAGCUCGACCUUGUUUUCAAGGUUGGCGCCAUUGCUCUUGAGCUGAUCAAUGCGAAGGAGACGGAGCCUGUCGGGGACCUCGAGGCAGCAAGUCUGUCCAAAUUCGCAUUGAACGAGACCAGCGUGAAGAUGCGCAUGCUCAGCGACGGCUCGCUAGAAUCGGAGCUUCUCAUUCAGUCCUUCAUGAUCCGAGAUACCCGAACUCAGGAGACGAACAAGUUCCGCAAGGUCAUGUCCCUGAUCAACAACGAUGUCAAGCAACAGUUCAUGGCCAGCGUCUCCAUUUCUGGAGGCAAGGACCGCCACAUGAUCGUUCUCCUGACUGUCGACAGCCCUCGCGUCAUCCUCGCUUUGGAUUACCUCUUCGCCAUCCAAGCUUUUGUCAACGCCGGUCUUUCUGUUGAUGAGCCACUGGAGAUCGAGAGCGAAGAAGAUGAUACCGCUACUGAGGACAUCGAUCAUUCGACCAGCGACCUCUCCAGUGCCUUUACCAAGACGGGUGCUCAGACAUCAGAAGCCAAGAAGCCUGAGGAGGAAUCGACAAUGGAGAUGUCGUUCCGCAUCAACGUUGUCGAGGCCCAGGCCGUCCUUAUUGCGAACCCCGCGAUGACCAACUCCGAGGCCAUCGUGCUUGGCACAAAGCAAGUGCUCAUCUCUAAGCAACACGCCACUACAUUGCAGGUUGACAGAGUUGGAAUGUUCCUCUGCCGCAUGGACCAGUGGGAAACCACAAAGCUCCGUAUCCUAGACGACUUCAGCAUUCAGACUUCCCUCGAUAUGCGUUCGCAAGGCCCACAGUCAUCUAUGACAAGCAUCCAAGUCGACAUUGACCCGCUGGUGCUGCGUGUUUCGCUGCGCGAUAUCAUGUUGGCCAUGCAAAUCUUCAACAAGGCCUCGGCUAUGAACAGUAAUGGAGAUGCAACUCUGCAAGGCCAGGAACCCAAGAAGAUUAAGGACGCCAAGACCAGUACCAAGAGCGCCCAUGCCAAGUCCGCCGUCGGCGCGUCCACCAAGAACAAGCAGACUGCGAAGACGGUUUCAACUCACCGUUCGACGGCAGGAAAGGAGCUGGCCAAGGUACAAGAUUCGACGGCAGUCAAGAAGGAGGAGAUGAGGGUUUCAAUGCGGGGCAUUCGUGUCGUCAUCAUCGGCGAUAAGCAUGAGUUGCCUAUGCUGGACUGGAGCGUGAAGAAGUUCGACGUCGAAGUUCGGGACUGGUCUGGCGCUAUGGUCGCUGACACCAGCAUCGACAUGUUCUUCAACAUCUACAACUUCUCCAAGUCUGCAUGGGAACCACUCAUUGAGCCCUGGCAGCUCGGCUUCCAUAUGGCCAAAGAGCAAAACCCCGACAAGCUAGCGGUUGAGCUCUACUCGCGGAAGUCGUUGGAUCUGACGGUCACUGCUGCCACAAUCGCAUUGGCCUCAAAGUCGGCGGACUUCCUGUCGAGUGAUGAAGACGUGCUCUCGAAGCCGCGCGGCACUGACGCCCCGUACCGCAUUCGCAAUUACACAGGCUUUGACAUGAACGUCUGGGCUGUCCACGAAAACACCGAUGAUGGCUCUGCUGCCAAACUGGCCGAUGGCCAGGAAGCACCAUGGAGGUUUGAGGACCCGACGACCACCAGAGAAACUCUCGCACCAGAGGGUGCAACGGGUAUUGUCGGCAUCAAGCUGGAAGGCAGCGGCUUUGAUAGUAUCAACCGCAUUCCGGUCACCCGGGAGGGCGAGUACAUCUACAACCUUCAGCCUCGCAAGGAUCGUAUCCUCCACCGCAUUUGUGUUGAGGUCUCGCUUGGCCAGGAUAACGUCAAGUACAUCACCUUCCGUUCCCCUCUCGUCGUUGAGAACAACACUCAGAUUCCCGUCGAGAUUGGUGUCUUCAGCCCCGAAGAUGGAAACCUGCUCAAGAUCGAGAAGGUUGCUCCUGGAGAUGCCAGGCCUGCUCCCGUAGGCGCUGCUUUCAUGCAUUCGCUGAUCAUUCGCCCUGAUCAAGGCUUUGGCUAUACCUGGUCUAACGAGAGAUUGUUCUGGAAGGACCUUCUAAAACGGCCCACGAGGAUCAUCUCGUGCAAAGGCGAGAGCGACAACGACUCUCCGGCUUUCUAUUUCCAACUGCACGCAGCCUACGAUAAGAAGGACCCGCUCACACAAGUGUACCCGUGCAUGCGCCUCAAGCUGCAUGCGCCCGUUGAAGUCGUGAACCUUCUGCCGUAUGACUUCAAGUACAGGAUCUACGAUGACAACACGAAGAAGGAUUGGACCAAUUUCUUGCGCAAGGGAGGCGUCAGCCCCGUGCACGUCGUUGAACUUUCCCACCUGCUGCUCAUGAGCGUUGAUAUGCAAGACACGCCGUUCAAGCCCAGCAAGUUCUCUGUCAUCAACUCAUCUGACAAGGAGAACUUCCGGCGUGAGAAGACGGUGGAAGUCAAGGACAACCAGGAUCUGACAUUACGUCUGAAGCUCCACUACUACAACAUUCCGGACAGUGGAGGCGCUUUCAAGGUCGCGGUGUACAGCCCUUACGUUUUGCUCAACAGGACUGGCCUUGAGCUCGACGUGCGCAGCAAGGCAUUCCUGGGUCAAGCGAAGGCUGCUGCAGGCGCCAGCGUGUUUGCAAACACGCAGGGCGAUUCAACUAGGGCCCAGCCGUUCAUGUUCUCCUUCCCUACCGACGACCACAAGAACCGUGCGCUCAUCAAGGUCGGCGACACGAAUUGGAGCAAGCCUCAGAGUUUCGACGCAAUUGGUAGCACGUACGAUGUCGCGCUUCCGAGUGUCCAAGGAAGAUCAGAGAUGCACGUGGGCGUCACUGUUGAAGAGGGAGAGGGCAAGUACAACCUGAGCAAGGUCGUGACCAUUGCUCCGCGGUACAUCAUCAAGAACAAGAUGAGCGAGGACAUCAACAUCCGUGAGCCUGGCUCCUCAAACAUCUUGACCUUGAAGAACAGCGACCUUCUUCCCCUUCGUUAUCUGCGCUCUGGUGAGCGGCAACAGCUUUGCCUGUGCUUCCCUGGCGUCAACAACCAGUGGUCGGCGCCUUUCGACAUUGCAAAUGUUGGAAGUGUCCAUGUCAAGCUCGCCAAGGCUGGUCAACGCCAGAAGCUGAUCCGCGUUGAGAUUCUCAUGGAGGGCGCGACGAUUUUCUUGCACGUCAGUGUUGAGACCAAGCACUGGCCCUUCUCCAUGCGCAACGAGAGCGAUACGGAGUUCUUGUUCUGGCAGACUAAUCCCAACGUUGAUGAGGAUGAGGAAGACAACGGAUCCGGGUGGCGCCCUGUCCGGUACCGUCUCCCACCCAAGAGCAUCAUGCCGUACGCUUGGGACUACCCCGCCGCCAAGAACAAGGAGAUUGUGCUCAAGGCCAACAACAAGGAACGGCACAUCAAGCUCGCCGAGAUUGGCAAUCUGGUCCCGUUGAAGCUCCCGCCGCCCCAGAACACUAACCGCGGCAAGAUCAUCGACCUCAGUGUCGUAGCUGAUGGGCCGACGCAGACGCUUGUCAUUUCUAAUUGGAAGCCCUCGAAGAGUUUGUACAAGCAGAAGUCAGCCACAGCGUCCAGGUCUACCACGGAUGGCUUCGAGGUCAAGGACAUGGACAUGGACGUUACGUUCAAGGCUAAGCUGCGUAUUGCUGGCAUCGGCGUCUCUCUCGUCAACAGACAGCUUCGCGAGCUUGUCUACAUCACGCUGCGUGACAUCGAGCUCAACUAUGGCGACUCGGCGUUGUACCAGCAGUUCUCGAGCACCAUCAAAUGGAUCCAGAUCGACAACCAGCUCUACGGUGGUAUAUUCCCCAUCCUAUUCUACCCCAGUGUCGUUCCCAAGACGGGCAAGGAGAUGGAGGCGCACCCGAUUCUCCAGGCCUCCAUCACGAGGGUCAAGGAUGAUUCGUACGGCGUGCUUUACAUCAAGUACUUCUCUUUCCUGUUGCAGCAGAUGACGCUCGAGAUCGACGAGGACUUCAUCUUCGCGCUGCUUGAUUUCGCCAAGAUUCCUGGUGCGUCGUGGUCCGAGGUCAAGGAGGGUAAGCUCUGCGAGGAGGAGCUCGAUAUCCCGGAGCCGAAGCAGGAACAGGGUGGCCAGGAUGUCUACUUUGAGCUUCUACACCUGCAGCCGAUGCAGUUCGAUCUGUCCUUCGUCCGCACCGAGCGUAUCAACGCCGAAGACACGAUGACGUCCUCGAACCCCUUCAUGUUCGCCGUCAAUGUCCUCACCAUGUCUAUCGGUAAUGUCAACGAUGCUCCUCUGCGGUACAAUGCUCUCAUCCUAGAGAACGCCCGUGUGUCCGUCGCAGCUCUCGUCAACAGCAUCAAGAACCACUAUGUCCAAGAGAGUUUGCGGCAGGUCCAUCUCAUCCUUGGUUCCGCCGACUUCCUCGGCAAUCCUGUCGGCUUGUUCCAGAACGUAUCUUCUGGUGUCACGGAUAUCUUCUACGAGCCUUACAAGGGUCUCGUCAUGACGGACAGGCCUCAAGAUCUUGGAAUCGGCAUCGCCAAGGGUGCAUCUAGCUUUGUCAAGAAAUCAGUCUUCGGUUUCUCCGACAGUAUGGCGAAGUUCACCGGCAGCUUGUCAAAGGGUCUUGCCGUUGCCACUAUGGACCAGGAGUUCCAGAACUCCCGUCGCAUGAAGCGUUCGAGGAACAGACCGAAGCACGCUCUGUACGGUAUCACCUCCGGCGGCAACGCAUUCGCAGAGAGUCUGGCCAGCGGCAUCGGCGGCCUCGCCCGCCACCCACUUCAGGGUGCGGAAAAGGAAGGUGCACUUGGCCUUGUCAAGGGCAUUGGCAAGGGCUUGCUAGGUGUUCCGACCAAGGCUGCCAUCGGCGCCUUCGAUCUCGCGUCCAACAUGGCCGAAGGCGUACGCAACACGACCACUGUCUUCGACCAAGAAGGCCUCGACCGGGUCCGUCUCUCCCGGUUCAUCGGGCAGGACGGCAUCGUGCGGCCGUACAGCCAGCGCGAGGCGCUCGGCCAGUUCUGGCUCAAGACGCUGGACAACGGCCGCUACUUCAACGAGGACUACAUCGCGCACCUGGAGCUGCCCGGCAAGGACCUGCUGGUCAUGUUGACGUACAACGGCAUUAUGCUCGUGAAGACGCGCAAGCUGACGACGGAGUGGGACGUUCCGCUCAAGGACAUCCAGACCAUCAGCAAGGAGCGCACUGGCAUGAGCAUCACGCUCAAGGGCGGCACCAACGGACCAUUCAUCCCCGUCGCGGACGAGCAGAGUAGAAACUGGCUGUACAGACAGGUCGCGGUUGCGGUGAACGCGUACAACGACAAGUGGAAUGCGAAGGGUUAA